UCGGCCGCCCGCCCGCACUGCCCCCCCGCGCCCGCUCUGAGCCCGCCCCGACUGCGCAGCCCGGGGCGCCCCCACUCCCCUCCCCCCGGGCCGGGGAGCCGGGGGGCAGCGCCGGAGCCCGGGGGGAGCGCGGCCCCGCCAGCCGGCCGGCCAGGGCUGGGGGCAGCGAGGACGGCGCCGGUCCAGGUGGAGGCCGCAGAGGGCCCAGGGCAAGCAAGGGCAGCAAUGGUUGGUCCUGACGGUGGCUGAGCCCCCAGCCCCUGGAAUAUGCAGCCCGGGGGAGCCCCAGGCAGCGGCGAGGACGCGGUGGCGGAGUGGGGCGGGAGGCAUGGUCUCCACCUACCGGGUGGCCGUGCUUGGGGCGCGAGGUGUGGGCAAGAGUGCCAUCGUGCGCCAGUUCCUGUACAACGAGUUCAGCGAGGUCUGCGUGCCUACCACCGCCCGCCGCCUCUACCUACCUGCUGUUGUCAUGAACGGCCACGUGCACGACCUCCAGAUCCUCGACUUCCCGCCCAUCAGCGCCUUCCCUGUCAACACGCUACAGGAGUGGGCAGAUGCCUGCUGCAGGGGACUUCGGAGCGUCCACGCUUACAUCCUGGUCUACGACAUCUGCUGCUUUGACAGCUUUGAGUACGUCAAGACCAUCCGCCAGCAGAUCCUAGAGACGAGGGUGAUCGGCACCUCGGAGACGCCCAUCAUCAUCGUGGGCAACAAGAGGGACCUGCAGCGCGGACGCGUGAUCCCACGCUGGAACGUGUCACACCUGGUGCGCAAGACCUGGAAGUGCGGCUACGUGGAGUGCUCGGCCAAGUACAACUGGCACAUCCUGCUGCUCUUCAGCGAGCUGCUCAAGAGCGUCGGCUGCGCCCGCUGCAAGCACGUGCACGCCGCCCUGCGCUUCCAGGGCGCGCUGCGCCGCAACCGCUGCGCCGUCAUGUGACGCCGCGCCCGCCCCGAGGGCGCCCGCGGGCUGCAGCGCCGACAGGCCCAGGCGGUUUCCCCACGGGACCGCGGGGCGUGAGCGGGGAGAGGGCGGGAACAGAACUCUGAUGGUCCGGGCCUGAAACGCCCCCGCAGCCACGCACUUCCCGGUGAGAGGCAGAGGGCGAGAGGGAGCCUCCCCAUAACUGCCCAGUCCUCCCCUCUGUCCCGCGUUUGUCUUCCUGGGACGCUGCCUUGAGUGCUGGGGUUAGUGCAGUACCCGGCCCGGCCCCAAGGGGCACCACAGCCUUUUGGGAUUGGGGAUGAGCGUGUGAAAUGGAGAGUGGGGGUGGCGAGGUGUUGCCUUGGCCGGGCCCCCACCCGUCUUCGCCAGAGAGUGUGUCUGCCAUUGCCCCGCGUCGUCUUUUCCUGUGUCCAUCUGUCUGCCCAAGCGUCUGUGAGUCCUUAGCUGUCUUAUGCACCCUCCGGUCCCCUUCCUCGCCCCCAGCUCCGUUCACAGGGCUCUCAUUUCGUCCAUCCCCUUGUCGCAGAUCCUGGCAGCUUCUUUGUGAGGACAGCCUUCUGACCGUCAGCACCACUGGCACAGAGCAGAGGGAUGCAGGUGGCCCAGGGACCACAAUCGGGGUCUGAGGGUUGAGGUCCCAGAUCAGUCAGGGGGAGAAGGCUGAGGUCUCCCCUUCCAGGGAGGCCUCCCCGCCCAGCAGCCCCCAGAGACACAACAACCUACCUUCCAGCCUUAACUCAAUGGUCCGUCCCUGCUGGUGCCCCUCACCCCCUUCCUGACCCCAAAGCAGAUCACCCCCUGGGUUAAAACUUCCUUGACAGAGUGUGGAGAGGCAGUCCCCCAAAGGAUAGAUUUAUUUCCAUGAUGCCAGGUUCCAGCCCUCUGUUCCCUCCUGCGUUGGGUGGUGUGUCAAGACUACGAGAUGUUGGUUUUGGGGGGCUGGUGGUGGGCAGGCUGGUGCCCAGGCGGU